AUGACUGGCUGUGACUGGAGAACAGAUGAAUGCGCUCCCACCUUGAAGGACUUCAGAGGCAACUACACAGCUCAACAUCCAUUCAUGGGAGAUGACUCUUUGGUUAGGUACAGGUGUACGACGUUCAAUGAUCACGAUCCAGUGGCUUACUGUCCGAUUUCCCGAUGUGGAAUGUUAUCAACACCGGCCUCUCUGUCUUGUUCAGCAAAUGAUAUAUUCGACAUCAAAAACCCACAAUACGAAGGGAUGGUAUCAUGUACAGUAAAGGGUGUUACGUGUCAACGAUGGGACACCAACGAACCGCAUCAGAGCACCUCCUUGAAAGACAGAAGUGAUCUCCAUAAUUGGUGUCGACAAAGUGCUGACGUACGACCUUGGUGUUACACGACCGACCCCGAGACCCGGUGGGACUACUGCCCAGUCGAGGAAAGACUUGCCUGUGACAUUUCCCCGCCCAAGACCUUAUCAGUGAUCGAUGUCACACUCGAAAGACCAUACAUGGACCUUCUAUCAGUCGGCCGAUACAGAUGUGACACUCUCGAAAACAAGGAACCCGAGGAAAGUUGUCCAAUGACAAGAUGUCUCUCUGAUGGUUCCUGGUCGACCGCUAACAUAUCAUGUUCAGACAAAGAAUGCUAUGACCCGACAAAUCAGUUAUAUAAUGGUCGCGUUACCUGUACAGUGACUGGAAUCACGUGUCAGCGAUGGGAUAGCGAGUAUCCCCACCCCGAGGCCGGUUACGUUGGACAGGGUAGCGAUCAUGGAAACCGUUGUCAGAUGUCAGGCAGAAUUCGGCCAUGGUGUUUCACUAUGAACCCAGAGGUUAAGUGGGAUUUUUGUCCGGUAGACAAGUGUACCUGAAGUGACAGUGAAACGCUAGUAUUUUUUAUAUUAGGUUUGGGAAAAUCUAAAUGUACUUAAUAUAAUAAUAUAAAUAGGUGAUGCUAACAUUUAAAACGAUUCAGAAAUUACUGGUUUUUUUUUUACACCAUUAACCUUAAAUAUGUUUUUAAUGCGAUGUCAAUAUUCAGUAUUUGUCCAUUUCUCAAUGUAUAUGUGAUAACGGUAGUUUAGUUUGUAGCAUUUUUGAAAAAGGUGAAGAUCAGUGGUGUGAGGUCUGAUCUCCUACUUAAGUUUUUUCUCAUACAGAUGAUAUUAUAGACCAUUAAAAGAAGUUUUUUCGUGACAAGAAACGCUACCACGAAAUACUCUGUAUAGAAUUAUUGUUUUCAGUGAGUUAAGUUUGAGAAAAUCUUAAUGCACAUUUCGAAAAUACAUUUGGUCUCACUGCUAACGUUAAAUGUAUUUCAAACACGAUGUCAAUAUUCGGUGGUAUUUGUCCAUUUUCCAGUCCAUAGGUGGUUACGAUUUCUUACCUUAGAAUUUUAGAACAUCGGGCAAGGUAUAACGAUCACAGAUCUGUUGUUCGGUCAUCUUCUGGGGCGGUUUGUGUUUCCAAGGAAGAAGCGGGUUUGUCCGUUGACAAGAACAUUCAACACACAAAGGUUCUGGGCAGAUUUGAACGAGUCAACGACAUCCAGCAAUCAGCUAUUGCAAGUGAUCAGGCUUCAAGAUGGUUCUGGAUGUAAACAAAUUUACUUAGUUAAUAUUGCGAAUAUACCCACUGUUAAUAUAUACAGGAUAUAUCUAACAGUACCUUCAGUAAUACCAAAAAUAUUUCACGAGUGGGGCUAAUGUUUUGAUCUUUUUUUUUUUUCAAUAUUCCUUUUAUUACUCAAUACGUCCGUGUGCAAAUGAUUAUUCUCAAUAUUCUGUUUAUUACGUUUUUAUAGCAAAGUAUUCUGGUCAGCUUUUAAUGUUACCCAUUGUUGUUUGUUUGUUGAUUGGUGAAAUGAAAAAGUGAUAUUUUUCACUAGUGUUUUUUAUUAUGAUUUUUUUCCCUAUAAUGAGUAUGUGUCAGCUGACAUACAGAAAGAAAAAAAAAGAAUUAUUUACUAGCACUAAAGUUGUGCGUGUCCAUCGGUAGAGAUUUAUUCAUUAAUUUAGUGAGCUUCAACUUCCCCGUGAUACUGCCGUGAUAUAUCGAUUUUUAAUGCAAAGUACAGCUUCGUGUUAAUGUCAGCAUUCGCUGUUGUUUUGAUUUGUUUGUGUGGCUUGAAUAACAUGAAAUCAGGUACUUAACUCAACAAAAUGUACAUAUAAUAUGUAUUCUUCUUGGUCCUUAAUGCAAGCUAUAUAUAUAACUAAUCUUAUUCUAGGACACAUACAAGUAAGUAACGAUUUGACUGUACGAUUUCUUUCCCUUUACGGGGCCUUGUCCUUAUUUGGGGUAAUCUUAUGACGUCAAAGAAAGUCGGUUUCUGAUUGGAUGAGAGAGUACUCCAUUAGUUUGAAGAAAUACAAAAUAUUUCAGUAACUGUUACUUAAAAUAACAAAAGUUAUCACAAUCUCACUCUUCUAGCGACCUUUCAAUUUAUCAGUUGGAUUUUAUUGCAUUCUCUAUUCUGGUUAGUUAUUGAUUGUUUCGUAUUUAUGCCUGAUCUUAUCGUCUUUACUGAUAGGUUAAUGCUUUGCAAUAAUCUUAUAUGACUGUUUCCUAUUGAAUCCUUGCCUAAAUCUCAAUAGUGCGAUGAUAGGAAUUGAUUAAUUUUAUGCUUGUUCCUACUCAUGCUUCAAAAUUUGGUAAUAUUUUUGUUAUUAUAUUUGGAUGUGUGGUUUAUCUUGUUCUAAUAAACAUGUCACCUUCUCGUGGCCUUUUUUCAAUCCA